AUGGCUGCGGCAGCCGCUCCGUGGCCCUGGGCCUUGCUCUGCCUGGCAGCUCCGCUGCUCCUCCCGGGGACGGCCGGCCUGUCCUGCUGUUACCACGCAAAGGACAAUCUGAUGUGCCGUGAUGUCUGUGAGCAGAUUCUGUCUUCCAAGAGUGACUCCCGACUGAAGCACUUACUGCAGCGAGCACCUGAGUACUGUCCAGAGGCAAUGGGAGAAGUGUGGGGCUGUAUCAAUUCUUCCUUGCCAGGAGUGCUGAAGAAGCCUGAUGGCUGGGUUGGGCUGGGCUGCUGCGAGCUGGCCAUCGCCCUGGAGUGCCGGCAAGCCUGCAAGCAGGCUUCUGCAAAAAAUGAUGUUCUGAAGGUCUGCAGGAAGGAGUAUGAGGAGGUUGGCCAAUAUGGGUUGGAGGAGAACAGGAGAGGACAGAAUGCUGUCUUUAGUUGUAUUAACAGAAAUGAAAUGGGCUCGGUGUGCUGCAGCUACGCAGGGCACCACACCAACUGCCGGGAGUACUGCCAGGCCAUCUUCCGCACCGACUCCUCCCCUGGCCCCUCGCAGAUCAAGGCCGUCGAGAGCUACUGUGCCUCCAUCAGCCCCCAGCUUGUACACUGUGUCAACAACUACACACAGUCCUACCCCAUGAGAAACCCUACAGACAGUCUGUAUUGCUGUGAUAGAGCAGAAGACUAUGCAUGUCAGGCUGCUUGCAAAAGAAUUCUCAUGUCCAUGAAAACAGAGCUUGAAAUCGUGGAUGGGCUGAUAGAAGGCUGCAAAACCAUGCCCCUGCCCCAGGAUCCGCUCUGGCAAUGCUUUCUGGAGAGCUCCCGGUCCGUUCACCCAGGAGUCACUGUGCACCCUCCACCUUCCACAGGCCUUGAUGGGGCUAAGCUCCAUUGCUGUUCCAAAGCCAAUUCCUCCAUGUGUAGAGAGCUCUGCACUAAGCUUUAUAGCACGAGCUGGGGCAAUUCACAGAGCUGGCAAGAGUUUGAUCGCUUCUGUGAGUAUAAUGCAGUUGAAGUUUCCAUGUUGACCUGUUUAGCAGAUGUACGAGAACCUUGUCAGCUGGGCUGUAGAAAUCUUACUUACUGCACUAAUUUUAAUAACAGACCAACAGAACUUUUUAGGAGCUGCAACACACAGUCAGACCAGGGAGCCAUGAAUGAUAUGAAGCUCUGGGAAAAAGGGAGUAUUAAGAUGCCCUUUAUCAAUAUUCCUGUGCUUGACAUUAAGAAAUGCCAACCAGAAAUGUGGAAGGCAAUUGCUUGCUCCCUGCAGAUCAAACCUUGCCACAGCAAAUCUAGAGGAAGCAUUAUCUGCAAAUCAGAUUGUGUGGAAAUACUGAAGAAAUGUGGGGAUCACAAUAAAUUCCCUGAAGGGCACUCAGCUGAAAGCAUUUGUGAGCUCCUGUCUCCAACAGAUGACUUGGAGAGCUGCAUCCCCUUGGAUACAUACCUGAGCCCCAGCUCCUUAGGCAGCAUUGUGGAGGAUGUGACACACCCCUGUAACCCAAACCCCUGUGCAGCCAACCAGCUGUGUGAGGUCAAUAGGAAAGGAUGUCAAGCAGGAGAGCUGUGCCUCCCAUACCUCUGUGUGCCAGGUUGCAAACUGGGAGAGGCCUCAGAUUUUAUUGUCCGCCAGGGUACACUUAUUCAGGUUCCUUCCUCAGCUGGUGAUGUUGGUUGCUACAAGAUUUGUACCUGUGGGCACAGUGGAUUGCUGGAAAACUGCAUGGAAAUGAGGUGUGUUGACCUCCAAAAGUCUUGCAUUGUUGGAGGACAAAGAAAAAGCCACGGCAGCUCCUUCACCAUAGACUGCAACGUCUGCUCCUGCCUGGCCGGGGAGCUGCUCUGCUCCUCACGCCAGUGCCUGACGGAGCACAGCUCCGACGACGACCGCCGCAAGUUCACAGGUCUGCCCUGCAACUGUGUGGAGCAGUUUGUGCCAGUGUGUGGACGGAAUGGCCGCACCUACCCCAGCGCCUGCAUCGCUCGCUGCGUGGGGCUGCAGGACAGCCAGUUCGAGUUUGGGUCCUGUGUCUCAAAGGAUCCCUGCAACCCCAGCCCCUGCAGCAAAACCCAGAGGUGCAUACCAAAGAAGCAAGUCUGCUUGACCAGCUUUGGGAAGUUUGAAUGUAGUCAACAUGAGUGUGUGCCCAGGCAGCUGAGCUGUGAGCAGACUCGGGAGCCUGCCUGCGACACAGACAACGUGGAGCACCCCAACCUCUGCACUCUCUACCAGAAAGGGAAGACUUUAGCCUACCAAGGACCAUGCCAGCCAUUCUGCAGGUCUGUGGAGCCUGUGUGUGGGCACAAUGGAGAGACCUACAGCAGCAUCUGCGCCGCCUACGCCGACCGCGUGGCCGUGGACUACCCUGGGCACUGCCAGGCCGUGGGCAUCCUCUCUGACUUCGGCUUCCACACAGAGUGUGCCUUUGUCAGAUGCCCCCAGCUGCCUGCUGCUGGCUGCAAACCAGUCAUUGCUCCAGGAGCCUGCUGCCCGCUGUGUGCCGGGAUGCUGCGGAUCCUGUACGACAAAGAGAAGCUGGACACCUUUGCCAGGGUCACAAACAAGAAGCCCAUCACAGUGCUGGACAUCCUGGAGAAGAUCCGCCUCCAUGUCUCAGUGCCACAGUGUGAUGUGUUUGGGUACCUGAGCAUAGAGUCUGAGCUUGUGAUCCUCAUCAUCCCCAUGGACCAGAACCCCAAACCUCUGCAGAUUGAAGCCUGCAAUAAGGAGGCAGAGAAGAUCGAGUCACUGAUCAACUCGGACAGCCCAACGCUGGCCUCCCACGUGCCGCUCUCGGCCCUCAUCACAUCCCAGGUGCAGGUCUCCUUCAGCAUCUCCUCUCCUGCUGCUCACCUGGGGCCUGCUCUGCACUCCCUGCUCAUCAGCCUUCUCUUCACUGCCUCAGCUUUAAGGCAUUCCAUGUAGCUGCUUAGGGAAGGUGCACCAGUGCUGCGGUGCUUUACCUUGUGAGGGAGACGCAGAGGUGUUGGUCACUGAACUAGGAACUAAACUUUGCACAAAAAUGGGUGAAGAGCUAAAAGUGUUUGGAACAACAAGCAGGGGUUGUUCUGUGUCCAUUCCUGGGCAUUCAGUCCUGUUUCAGCACAAUCCAGUUCCGCUCCCAUUGAUCCUGGAAAGGGGGAAAUGUUCUGGCAGGUUCUGACUCGCUGGCUUUGUGAUUUCUGG